AUGCUGUUUCUUCUACAGAAUAAACGCUUGUUACACGACACGAUUCCAGCUCCCAAAAUCUGGUUUCUGAAUGUGUUUGUAAAGAAUUUUCUAAACGGUUUACUGAAAGAGUUUCUGAAUGGUGAUUUGAAAGCACCAUUGAAUGAGCUCCUGACCGGUUUUCCGGAUGAGCGUCGGAACGAUCGUCUGAAUGAGCAUCUGAACGAGGGUCUGAAUGAGCAUCUGAAUGAGCAUCUGAAUGAGCAUCUGAACGAGCGUCGGAAUGAGCAUCUGAAUGAGCGUCUGAAUGAGCAUCUGAACGAGUGUCUAAAUGAGCAUCUGAAUGAGCGUCUGAAUGAGCAUCUGAACGAGUGUCUAAAUGAGCAUCUGAAUGAGCGUCUGAACGAGCAUCUGAAUGAGCAUCUGAAUGAGAAUCUGAACGGUUAUCUGAAUGAGCGUCUGAACGAGCGUCUAAACGAGCGUCUGAACGAGCGUCUGAAUGAGCAUCUGAAUGAGAAUCUAAACGGUUAUCUGAAUGAGCAUCUGAAUGAGCGUCUGAACGAGCGUCUGAAUAAGUAUCUGAACGGUUAUCUGAAUGACCAUCUGCAAAAGCGACUGAACGAGGAUCUGAAAGAUUGUCUGACUGAAUAUCUGAACGGUUUGCUGAAAGAUUUACUGAAUAAUUUGUAA